AUCCCUUCGUCUAUACCUGUCCCUCCAGACUGUCAUACUUUUUUGAGUGUUUUCUUCUUUUACUGUGUCUCUUUAGCGACGCAUCGUAAUAGACCACCGGUGUUUUUUUUCUGUCCCGUGCUUGGUUGCUAUCAGUCAAAACCCUGUAGCCGCUACCGGACUCUGGGACAGAAUUAAGCCCCCCCGUCGACCUUUUUUAAACGCUGCACCUACAUACGAGUACGUAAUUCUACCGCUGGGGACAACAACAACCUUUCACCGUCACACACUCCGUCACAGUGCAAUAUCGCACAUGCGAUGGACCGCUUGGCCAAUGCUCACCCCAGGUUUGGUAGAUUGAAUUUCGAUUCGGUUGCUCGCUCUGGUUCCUCCACCGAUUCCUCCUCAAAUUAUUCCCCUCGAAAUGUUUCCCUCGUCGGCUCGCACAAUGGCCAUACGACCAGCUCCCCCAUCUCUAUGCCACAGGCAUCCUCAUCCGGGAGGAUAGAUAUUGGCUCAGGGGAUUCGCUUGGGAAUAUUGGUAAUGGAGGAGGAGGAGUUGAGGAUGGAACUUUCAGGGAUCCCGAUUUCAUUUCACCCAUCGAACAAGCAAACCGGGCACGAAAGUCAUCUAUUGCCUUUGAUACUCAUGUCAAGGCUGAUGGUGGCAAAUGCUUUCCUUUGCGCUCACACCUUCCGAAACCAAUCAAACCAGAUUCCGCGGCAACAAGAGAAUACUUCGAAAACAAACAACCACCAGCUCGUUCGUUCACUUGGUCAGAGCAAGACUCUCAUUAUGGAGAGGGCUCUACAAGAUACAGGAAUGGAAAUGGCUCAAUCCGUGAGCGUUUUGUCUCUACCCGUCGGUUCCUCUCGCCACCUUUGGAUGGUCAGGAUCAUGGCUCUGAGCGAGUCGCCUCCCUGACAUCGGAUUCUACCAUGUCUCCACUUUCCGAUGAGUUUUACACCCCGUCCCCCCAAUCGGAUGCUUUUGGAGACUUUUUCCCUUCACCGUUCACUGGUUCACCGCUCAACGAUCGUCUCCAGGGUGACUCACCCAUCUGGCCCACUCGUGCAAUCGGACACUCUGCGAGAAGCAAGUCUUACACAUUCGAGUCUCAGCCGAGGUCACGGUCUAGGCGAGCCCAGAGCGAUCGAUCUGCUAGCCCUAGGUAUGGGGGAUCCUCACAACUAAGCCCAGCAAACCUAUUCCUAAAUAGUCUCAACAAUAGUGGUGCGCAGCCUGUUGAACCCGAUUCUGAGGGUCAGGAGGUAGGCUCCUACGUCCUUGGAAAGCAGAUCGGUUAUGGUGGGUUUAGUGUAGUCAAGGAGGCUAUUACCAUAGAAGGAGGCAUAGAGAUUAAGCGGGCGGUGAAAAUCGUUCGAAAGAAAGCGCGUGAGGUUGAUUGUGAGAAUGACAGAGUUCAGGCGGACUUUGAUCAUGAAGUGUCGCUAUGGAGAUGCAUUUCACACCCCCAUAUACUGCCGCUUGUUGCUGUCUAUGAUACCCCUUUUGCAACCUUUGCUUUCACAAAACUCAUUAAGGGCGGAUCCCUCUACGACCUGGUCAAGGCAAACCGCCAUGGAAUAUCCGCAAGACUGGCACAAAAAUACUCCUUCCAGCUUGCCUGUGCGUUGAGAUAUCUUCAUGAGGACAUGCGCAUCGUGCACCGAGAUGUGAAGCUAGAAAAUUGCCUUGUGGAUAUGUCGGUCGGUAGCGAUGAGGGGGGAAACUUGUUGCUCUGUGAUUUUGGAAUGGCGGAGUUUAUCAAGUGCCAAGAUGACGAGGAAGACGAUGAUGACAGCAGUAAUGGUGGUCUUUACUUCAACACUGUGAGACGUCCCAGAAAGUCUUCCUCUGCAUCAACCAGUUCUGCAUUCCUCCCAUCGACCACUACUUCGCUGAUGGGCUCCCUUGAAUACGCAAGCCCCGAGAUGAUAUCAGGUCAAGACACUUUGUCGUCCUCUCCUUGCCCACCACAUUGUACUCCUGCAGUGGACAUAUGGGCAUUCGGCGUUGUGGUUUACGUGCUGCACACAGGAAGCCUGCCAUUCUCACAUAACUUUCAGCCCAAACUGAUGAAUAAGAUUUUGAGUGGUGAAUAUGGCGAGGAGAAGCUGAGGAAGUGCAGGGGUCUAGCUGAAGCCGGGAGCUCACGGGAUGUCCUUGAGGUGGUGAAAGGUUGCCUUGCGAUACGGCCUGAGGAGAGGUGGGAUAUUAGGAGGGUGCUGGAGAGCUCGUGGUUCGGGCAAUACGGAGAUGAAAGUCCUUGAAUGGCGAGGUUGGAGGACAAGGGUCGAGGAUGAAGUAAUGGUGUUGAAGGAGUGGGAGAUCCCAGGAUUGAGUGAUCAGACCAAUGCUUAGCUUUGGACGAAGUCGACAGACUCUUGGCAGAGAUCCCGUCAUCCUCUCCCAUGAGCGUUGGUCGCCAUCUCAGAUGGAGUGACUUUGGUGGUCAAAAAAAAAGGAACAAAGAGAUUGGUGGUUUUAUUUUGUUUUACGGUUUUUAUGGUGUCUUUUCUUCCAAAAAGUCGCUCUACGUUGUUCGCUCUUCAACGUUGGUAGUAUUAUUCUUCUUCGUUUUUUUGCCUUGGUUUGUUUUGCUUCCCUUUUGCUUUGUUUUGUCCUUCCCUUUUGUUACCGACAGUGCAUUGCCAUUGGGAAAUUACGUUCUUAGCUAAUGUCGGUUGCGACACCACUCUUUACUCCUCAAAUGCUUAUUUUGAUCUUGGUGAUAUCUGCUUACUUGUUUUCUGCAUUACAUCUAUUCUGACUGGUGCGGGCGAUCGUUUCUAAAUUCUGGUGUACUUCUGAGGGCCUUGCUCUGGUUAUUAUUAUUUUUUUUUCUCUUCUACCAAACGGGUUGUCCGUUGAUUGUAUUUUCCU